GAAGUGACAUUUACUAGAGGCAAAAAACUGAGGGCAAAUUGCAGAAGAGAAGAAAUGGGAAAUUAUAUCAACAGGAGGGGACAGAAGAAAGUAAAAUGGGAGGUAUGACUAGCUUUAUCCUGAGGGCAAGCAAGAGGGAGACAUUCAGAACAGAAUAAGCGUAAAAGUAACAAUAUCGUCAAAUAAAACAUAUCUAGAAAAACUGUAUAUCUGAGGAGAAGGUGAUCAGUGAAGAGUAAAACCAGUGAAUCGCCAUCCCAACCAAUGGUGGAAUAAUGGAUAUUCUACUAUUCCUGUAUGCUGCUGUGACACUCUUGGGGACAGCCUACAGUUGCCCUGAACCUUGUUCUUGUGUGGAUAAAUACAAUCAACAGUUUGCUGACUGUACCUACAAGAAGCUGCAAAAGAUCCCAACAGGUUUUCCUUCAAAUGUUACAACCCUUAGUCUUUCAGCAAACAAAAUAAGUUCUUUAAAAAAGUCUAACUUUGUUGGGGUGCCUCAGGUGACAUCAUUGUGGUUAGCUCACAAUGACAUUAGCACUGUGGAAAAGGGCACUUUAGCCACUUUAGUGUAUCUUAAAAAUCUCGAUAUUAGUCACAACCAACUUUUGGAUUUUCCCUGGGAGGAUCUGUCCAGCCUGCCUGCCCUACAGCUACUGAAAAUGAACAACAAUCGCAUGGUUAACCUGCCACUGGAUGCUUUUGCCAACUUAAAAGAUCUGAGGUCUCUCAGGAUCAAUAAUAAUCAUUUUUCUGUAAUUCGUGAGGGAACAUUUAAACCUCUGGUUUCCCUAUUACAUAUCCAGAUUUACAACAACCCCUACCAUUGCACAUGUUCACUUAUGUGGCUUAAAAAGUGGACGGAAGAAGCUCAAGUUACUGUGGCAGAGAAAGACUUAAUUGCGUGUGCCUCACCAGAAGAUCUCCAAGGGAAGCCACUUUCUAAAAUUCCAGAUAUACCAUGUGGAGCUCCUGCUGUGCAGCUAAGUUAUCACCCUAACCUUGACAACACAGAGUUAUAUGAUGGAUUCACUCUCACACUUCAUUGCUUGGUUACUGGUAGCCCCAAACCAACCAUACAAUGGAAAGUUCGUAAUGCAACUCAAGAAACUGAGAUCAAACUGCCCACUGAUGCAUCCAAAGCUGAAGUAUCUGGACACUUUGUGGUUUAUCAGAAUGGAACUUUAGUUAUCCCUCACCUUAGCAAAAAAUUAGAGGGGGCCUAUACUUGUUUGGCCACUAAUGAGAUGGGAAGUAGCCAGAGUUCUGUAAAUGUCUCUGUGGCAGGGAGUCAAAAAUAUCCAACCAAGGUUGAGGAUCCAGCGGCAGGAAAAAUACCAAUAGAUGGAAAGAAGACAGUGUUUAAAGACACAGGAAACAAUGUCCUCAAUCCAGAUAAAACUGAAGAAAAAAUAAAGGCUGUUAUUCCCACUGAUCAAACAGAUGAAAAUGAGAAUAGCAUUGGGGAUACCAUGGAGCAUCCACGUUCAGAUGAGAAGAAAUGUGGACCAAAUGUGGGAGGGUUGCAUGUUUCCAACCAUGCAUUCAACGAGAGCACUAAUUUAAAACCUCACGUCUUUGACCUGGGAGUUAUUGCUCUAGAUGUUUCUGAGAAAGAAGCUAAAGUUCAGAUUACUCCUUAUAAUGCACGUCCAGGAAAACAACAGCUCAAGAUGCUGUACUUGUGCCAAGAAAGUCCCAAGGGUUUUUCUCUGGUCCAGUGGUCAGAAAUUGAAGAUCGAGUAAACUCCUACUGGUUUCAAGGCCUAAUUCCUGGAACUAACUACUCUGUAUGCUUAACAUAUAAAGGAGAAGACUGUCAAGUGCAAGUAGUUUUCACCACUAAAAAGGAAGUGCCAUCUUUGAUCAUUAUUAUUGUGGUGAGCAUUUUCCUUCUUGGGUUGGCCACUAUUCCUCUAUUGGGAGCCACUUGCUGCCAUUUAAUUACGAAAUACCAUGGCAAAAAUUACAAAUUAAUAAUGAAGGCGCACAAACCAGAUCCAGAAGAGAAGCACAUGGCUGCUGAUUUUGAUCCUAGAGCUUCUUUUGUCGAGUCAGAAAAGAACUCUGUCCCUAGCGAAGCUGGUGGAGAUGAAGGCGAAGCAGAGGCAGCCCAAGCAGAAGAAGAGGAAGCAGCUGAGGGAGAGGUUGAGGGAAGUGUAUUAGAAGAGAACCUUCCAAACUCCCAAUCUAAAUCAAACCAGGAAGAGUUUGAAGUUGGGUCGGAGUACAGUGAUAAGCUUCCUUUGGGUGCUGAAGCAGUCACCAUCUCUGAGGAGAUUAAUGGUAACUACAAGCAACCUGCACGCUGACCUGACAGCUAGAGGUAUUACCAAAUCAUUUCUCACUUAAGCCCUUUCAUUUAACCAUGAAAGAGUCCAAAAUCCACAAACACCGCAGUCUCAAGAAUAAGAACUUAACCUGAACAAAUAUCCUUGUUCGCUGGGAAUCUGUUCAAGAUUAAGAACUUACAUUAAAACAAGGGGAUAAAAUGCAUAUAUAUAUAUACAAAACUCCCUAUGGAUAAACAAGAAGAGUUACUACAGCGACUAGUCAAUUUGUCCACAGAUGUGCAUAAGGAAAAGUACAGCAAAAUAUGCACCCGGUCAACAGAAAACAUGGUGCCAUAACACUGCACAUUUAUAUGCAUGCCAUGUAUAAUGCAGGUCAGUGUGCUUCAAAGUGUUUCUCUAAAAACGUGUAUGUGUAGACCACAGAAUACAAAAAUGUCUACUGUAGACUAGUCUAUGAUAAUACGUAACUGUAACUGUGAGUGCAUAUUUUGUAUUUAUUGAAGCCCGUAAAUGUAUAUAGGAAAGUGUUUCUGCAAAGAAAAUGCACACAAUAUAUGUAGGCCUGCAUGCAAAGCAUUAUAUUGUAUAUGCAGGACACACAAACUUAGUGUUGCAUUUGUUCAUGUGCAGAGUAAUUAAUACCAAUGUUCUGAGCAUUACGUAUGCAUUUAAAUACUGUGAAACAAUCAAACUAGUCUUAAAAACACCCAAACAUAAAAGUUUUUUUUAAACGUUAUGCACAUUUUUGUAUACCAUUUGAUCAACAGAGCAAUGCUUUAGAAUCAUAGACCCAUAAUACUGUAGUUAAAAUGAUGUGUUAAAUCACACCUAUAGCCCUGUUCAUUUGUUUAUAUUAAAUCAGGACUGCAUAGUACAGUGUAUGAUCAGAUGCUAAUCCUCUGAUAACUAUAGGUUUCCUGACUCACCAUUGUUAACAAAGAAACAAGAUCUAUUCAAAUCCCUGGGAGAUCUAAUUAUAUUAAAACAAGAGGAUUAUGGGGGAAACGUUGUGCUAAGAGUGUAUCUGCUCUGUGUCUUCUCUGAGCUGUAAUACCUGUAAAAGCUCCAUUGUGUGCCUCUGGGGACUCCAUCACCAUCCCUUCCUUCAUUUCACAGAGUCAGGACCAGUUGGACGCAAAGUCAAUCCUCCAUGACGAGAUGAGAGCACAAUGUUCAUAUACUGUUUAGUGUGUCUCCAUUAUGAUUAAUAUAGAUACUUAAUCAUGUACAGUAACCGAUGAUUUAUGCUUUACGUGAUAGAGAGAUCAGAUCUAUAUUUCACAUUGAGACUGUCAUUAUUACCCGACAUGCUACACGUCAAAUAUGGUAUAUUUAUUAACAUAUACUGUUUGACAAGUCUUUAUUAACAUUUUAAUUUAUUACUUGUAUGUACACAAUAAAUUUAGCAAGAGAGAGUCUCCAUUUUCUGAGGCUGAUCAUGGACCUAAUAUACUUUUGUGGCUACAAAAAAAAAACAAAAAACUUCA